AUGACCACCACUGCCGCGAACCCUCUUACCACCACCUUUGUGCCGCCUACUGAAUGCACCACCGAUACAUACGAUAUUUCAUGGUCCCAGAGCUCCGGUUACACAUGGUGGUGGGAGAGUCUAGGCGGCCAAGAUUGGUCCACUUGCUUCCCAUCCCAAUAUGAACCCACGAGCUACUUUUCUCCGGGAAUAUGUCCAGAAGGCUAUACCGCUGCCGGGGAGUCACAAGUCACCAGCGGUAGUGGAGUCGAGACACGAGCUACUUGUUGUCCCAGCUUCUACAAUGCUCAAACCGGUGACGAUUGGCCCUGGUAUACGACAAAUCCAUGUACAUCCUCCAACGCCAACGCUAGUUCCGUCUAUAGCUAUACUGUGACUGUCUCGGGGACUUCAACUGUGACAGAAACUGGGACUUUUGGCGUCAAUGCGAAAGGUGUUUCAAUUCGGUGGAAGUCAACAGACUUUGCCUCGUCAACAUCAACUCUAAGUUCAACCUCGGAUUUAAUAACGAGUACAACCACGAGUCAAACCGCAGCAGCGACAUCAACAACGGCAGCGAGCGAUACCAACAACCAAAAAUCGUCCAGUGGUUUGUCGACAGGUGCAAAAGCAGGUGUUGGAGUUGGAGUCGCUGCUGGUGCUAUCUCACUCAUUGCUCUUGCUUUCUGGCUAUAUCGGAGACGGCAGAAGACUGGUUAUAUUCCGACUGGUCGGUCGGAACAUCCAAGCGAACUAGGCGCGACCCGGCACACCAGCGAAUUGGCUGCUUCAUACCCACAGACUACCCAGACAAAACCUCCGAUCGAGUUGCAUGCAAUGUACCCGCCUGAGAUUGGCUCAAGUGAAGGAGGUACACCACAGCAAGCAAUGUCUCCGGUGGAGCUGGACACAACUCGAUGA